CACUCCGCCUGGACUGCAACCAAGUGGGUGUUCAUGUUCGAGUUCGCUCGACCAGCAGGCAGAACGGGAGCUUCGGCUAACGGUGGAAGCCAAACAGCAGCGUCGGUGCCCUUCUACCGGACACUUUUGGACAUUUAACGAGGCGUUGUGUGUGUGUGUGUGCGCCCCUCACCACCGGAGAACACCGCGGAGGGAACUAAGAAAACAGAGCGGGUACCAAAUGCUAACAAAACAGAGCGGGUACCAGAUGCUACCCCAGUGAGUACCAGAUAGCACCACACGGUGAUGGAGUCACUUUCCUCCACAGUGCUGUAAAACAAACACGGAUCCUCCCCCUGGUGUGGGAGUGAAAUGUUACCCAUGUCGAGCAGCCUGUGGGCCGCAGCGCGACUCACGGAGUCCGGGAAGCUGUUAGCCGCCUGCUAGCUGCUGCCUGCCGGAUGCUGCUGCUGAACAUCCAGAGGACAACAAAAGAGGAGCUUCUUGUUUGACCCUUUGAGAUGUGAUGUGUGGCGUCGUUGUGUAGCUGCGAGCUCUCUGGAGCUAACGACAUUGUUGCAGAAUGCCCAGCGGAAACACGCCAGGGGGGGCGAGGUUAGACUGACACCAGCCGGCCUGCGGUCCCCCUGGUCCGGGUCACAUUGGACUUCUCCCUCCCUACCCGCGCACUCAACAGCCUCACUGGAUGAAGAAAUAUGGAUAAACUGACCAUCAUUUCAGGGUGCCUCUUUUUGGCCGCUGACAUAUUUGCAAUUGCCAGCAUUGCGAACCCAGACUGGAUCAACACUGGAGAAUCAGCAGGUGCUCUAACAGUUGGUCUAGUUCGGCAAUGUCAGACCAUCCACGGACGAGACCGGACCUGCAUCCCGCCACGGCUGCCCCCUGAGUGGGUCACCACGCUUUUCUUUAUCAUCAUGGGCAUCAUCUCCCUCACUGUCACCUGCGGACUCCUCGUGGCAUCGCACUGGCGUCGAGAAGCCACCAAAUACGCCCGCUGGAUUGCCUUUACCGGCAUGAUCCUCUUCUGCAUGGCGGCGCUCAUCUUCCCCAUAGGCUUCUACAUCAACGAAGUGGGAGGCCAACCCUACAAGCUGCCCAACAACACCGUGGUGGGCUCCUCCUACGUGCUCUUCGUCCUCUCCAUCUUCUUCACCAUCGUGGGACUGCUCUUUGCAGGCAAAGUUUGCCUCCCGGGCUGAGGCUUUCCACAAAAGGUGGGAUUUUGCAGAACACGCGACGACUGAAAAUCUUAGGAUGACAAACUCGGGUGAGUUUUUUGGGGGGACUUUAAUGACGUAUUGAACUCCUAAAAUGAAAAUACAUCAACACACAAAG